AUGCCAAACGCUUCUUUUACGGUUAGCGAUGAAAAACAAAACAGUAAUGAUAUAAAAAUCAGUGGAGCAUUAAAUAAAUGUGGCUUUGUAUCGGGUGAAAAAAGUAAAUGUAAAUUAGAAAUAUUUAAUACAAACCGUUUACUAAUUGAAAAUAUUGUCAUUUCUGUGUUUUACACAUCUUCACUGAGACCCAGACGAUCAGCAGUAAAUCUAUUUCAAUCAAAUAGCCAUACACGGACUAUUUUAGAACAAAUAGUAACAUCGAUUGAUAAUACACGUAAUGAAAUUAUAUCCGAAUUGCUUGAUGGUUUUAUUGAUACUGGAACACAUAGCAUUCAAAUUAGCUAUGCACUUACAAUUGAAUUGAAAGUUGAAGGUAUUUUAACGGGCAUAAAUGCUACAGUACCGAUUAUAAUUGGAACAAUACCACACCUCGUUGGGCAAUUUUUUAAUUUUCGAACUUAUAUUCAUUAA